AGUUUCAUAGUUUCAAUGCCCCCGGAAGUCCUGAGCACUGUUUUAGUAAUAUCUUACUCACUUCAAUUGGUUUUCAAUCGACGAUUGCAGGUUGUAUCAGUGACAAUGGUGAAUGAUGCACAGUUCAGUACCCGUCUCCUCGCUCAGACAACACUUCGGAAUGUACUGGGCACGAAAACUUUGAGUGAAAUACUGUCCGAAAGAGAUGCGAUAGCAACUAUUACCGAAAAAGUAAUGGACGAAGGCACACUACCAUGGGGAGUUAAGGUAGAGCGCGUUGAAAUCAAGGAUCUUCGUCUUCCUCAUCAGCUCACCCGAAGUAUGGCAGUUGAAGCAGAAGCUGUUCGACGAGCAAGGGCCGCUGUAUUUCAUGCUGAAGGCGAGAAGAAUGCUUCCAAGUAG